GAUCCACUUUGACUCCUCUCCCUGACUCCUGGCUCCUGACUCCUGGGUCUGAGUUCGGGCCUGAUGCCGGAGGUGCGGGUCCAGUUCCGUGUUUUGCAGCGGCCUCUCUCUGUGUGAGUCUGGCAGCGGCGCAGGGUGAAAGCGGUGGGAAACAGAAACACUAUGGCUGCCUCUCUGUCUCUUACUCAGCUCUCAAGUGGAAAUCCCAUCUAUGACAAAUACUAUCGACAGGUUGAUCCAACUGGCAGUGGGCGGGUGACGGCAGCCGAUGCAGCUCUGUUCCUGAAGAGGUCUGGCUUAGCUGACCUGGUCCUGGGGAAGAUUUGGGAUUUGGCUGACUCUGAACGUAAAGGCUUUCUUAGCAAACAGCAAUUCUUCAUAGCGUUGCGGUUGGUAGCCUGUGCUCAAAAUGGCCUGGAGGUGGCACUCAAGAGCCUUAAUGUGGCUGUUCCUCCCCCCAAAUUUCACGACACUAGCAGCCCACAGUUAGCAGGAGGAGCACCUGGCGACACACCCUGGGUUGUAAAGCCUGAAGAGAAGAUGAAGUUUGAUUCCAUCUUUGAGAGUCUAGGUCCAGUAGGUGGCAUCCUAACAGGAGACAAGGUUAAGCCUGUCUUGCUUAACUCCAAACUACCAGUGGACAUCCUUGGCAGGGUGUGGGAGCUCAGUGACCUCGACAGAGAUGGCAUGUUGGACAAAGAUGAAUUUUCUGUGGCCAUGUAUUUGGUGUACAGAGCGUUGGAGGGGGAGCAUGUUCCAAUGUCCCUACCACCUCCCCUGGUUCCACCCUCCAAAAGGAAAAAACCCUCGGUGCCUCCUGUGAUGCCCCUGUUACCCUCGCCCCCCUCUGCCAAAGACAGUCGCUCCGCCCAUGCUGGCUCUAAGACCAUUCCCCACCCCCCUAAACCCGCCCCAGCUCCUGUCCCAGCACCAGCAGCUGCUUCUUGGGUGGUGUCACCAGCGGACAAAGCCAAAUACGAUGACCUCUUCAACAAGACAGACGGUGACAUGGACGGGCUCGUGUCUGGACCUGAGGUCAGAGAUAUCUUUCUGAAGACUGGGCUGCCGUCUGCGACACUUGCACGUAUCUGUACUAUCCUUAAGCCACUGUACAUCCCAUUUCUGCCAGCUGUGUCUCCUUUUAACAACAUGCUAAACUUGGCAGCUGACUUCUCGGCCAUCAAGGAGCUUGACUCUCUCAGUAACGAGAUUGUUGAACUACAACGAGAGAAGAGCUCUGUGGAAGAGGAGAUCAAGGAGAAAGAGGAGGCCAUCAGACAGCACAGCUGUGAAGUGCAGGACUUACAAGAUGAAGUGGGGAGGGAGAGUGGAGAGCUGCAGCGGCUCCAGACUCAGCGUCAGAAGGUCCAGGAGACAUUGGAGGAGCUGGACCAACAGAAGGGCUCCCUGGAGGAGCAGCUGGCUCACAUCCGCCAACAGACCACCCAGGAAACACAACUGAUCUCAUCGCUGCAGUCGGAGCAUGAGGAGCAGGAACAGAUGAUAUGUCAGUAUGAGGAGGAGCUUGUCCAGGCCCGAGAGGAGCUGCUUGCUCUGCAGGAGGAGAGCAGGAGGCUGCAGGAAAAAGUCCAGGCUGCACAGGAGCAGCUCACACCUCUACAAGAAUCUGUGCGAGACUCAUUCAAACAAGUAGCACAGGUUCAACAGAAACUGAACAACCUUCAAGUGGAGGAAAGGUCAGUGACUGCCCAGCUGAGCUGGAAGAGAGCCCUGGAGGACAGCUCUCCUGUCAUGGUUAAUGGAGCAGCAGGUACUGCAGCAGAGCUGCACCAGGGGGACCCCUUCCAACAGGACCUCUUCCAGGAGGACCAGCCUAAAGAGUUGAAGCUGGAAGAACCAGCUGCUGUCUGCAGUAUUCAAAAAGAACAUUCAGAUCAAAAAGAGAAAGGAGCAAAUGAGAAUGAAGAGGAGGAGGAGAUGCAGGACAAGGAAGAUGAAAGUCCAAAUACUCCAGACGAGGAAAAACCGAGAUCUGAUGCAUUGGAUGAUCUUUAUAGUAGUCUGGCCUCCUCUGAUAUGUACAAUAGUCUGUCAACCUUCACCAAGCCUCGGGACAACACUGUCAGGGAAUUUAGUAACCAUGAAGUUUCAUCAGAAGUUGCAGAUGAUGCAGACAGAUCAUCUAAUGAGAGCUCACCAAAGGUGGCAUCAUCAGACCAAGAGAACAAACAGGAGCAAGCAGAGAUGCCUGAAUCCACCACCACCCCCUCGUUACCAGUCGGCCCCCUGCCGCCACAGACCAGCCCACCAACCCUGCCUGAGAUGGACUUCUUUCAUUCAGACCCCUUUACUGACCAUGAUCCAUUUAAAGAUGAUCCAUUUGGAAAAGCAGAUGUUGCAGAUCCAUUUGGAGGAGAUCCAUUUAAAGGGACUGAUCCCUUUGCUGCAGACUCUUUCUUCACACAGACCUCCAGUGCCCCCUUCUCUUCAGAGGACCCUUUCUCAGCCCCAGCUGACCCGUUCGGUGCCACCACUGGUGCACCAGAGCCAGACCUGUUUGCAGCCAAGCUGAACAAUGCAGCUCCUGCUCCAGCAGCAGGCCCCGACCCCUUCACCUCUAAACCGACAAAUCCAGCUUCAGCAGCCAAGGAUCCUUUCACAACCACAGGGAACAACAUGGCUGAGUCCGACCUGUUCUGCGGCAAAGUCAAUGCCACAACAGAGGCAGAUCCAUUUGGUUCUCAGGACGGAGAGACCGAUCCGUUCAGCUCCUCGCCAGUCAGCUGUGAUCUGGCAGUGAAGGACACUGCGGUGGCCAAUGACCCUUUCGCUCCAGGUGGUACGACAGUGAGCGCCAGCUUAGAUGCAGAUCCGUUUGCUGCUGUGUUUGGUAAUGAGUCGUUUGGAGGGGGCUUUGCAGAUUUCAGUGCCUUGACAAAGUCAAAUGGGGCUGACCAGUUUGGUAUCAACAAUAAGAACCUGUUCGAGGAAGACAGUCCCUCUACCAGCCCCGACGUGCCCCCUGCUCUGCCCCCAAAAACUGGUACACCAACUAGACCCCCACCACCACCUCCAGGUAAGAAAUCAUCCAUCUCCAGAACAGAGUCCUCUGACUCCUUCCAUCGACGAGGGCACUUCCUCCCACAGCCUUCAGGAGACUUCUCCUCCUCUUCCUCCUCGCCCUCCCUGCCUGCCAAGGAUCCUUUAGCCGACCCCUUCGCCCCCUCCUCCCCUCCUCGUCACAACGUACGGGAAGCUGACCGAUUUGCCAGCUUUGACAAAGUGAGCACCUCCCUCUCGCCCUCUCCCUCACCUCCACCUGACUCUCAGUAGACAUCCCCUCUUCUCUUUGUUUUCCUGCUAAUACAUCACAUCAAGUUGUUCAGUGAGGUUACAACCACAAAGCAAAUCAGGCCAGCUUUAUAAAUAAAUCCCUCCAUCCACUGCCAGUCAAAGUUCCUGAAGAAGUGAGCUAUUGAGCUAAAGUAAGGUUUCAUAUAGUAGCACAGUUUCUUGAAUCUCCAUUUCUGUUUAUUUGAAUACUUAAUUUUCCAAAACAAAGUUGACACAAACUAUUAAACUUCUAUUUGUGAGUUUGUUUUUCUUGCAUACUGUCUACUGCUGGUGUAUAUAGUAGCUCUCUAUAAUGAAUUA